AUGGAGGGCUUGAAACAGCAGCUAGUGAGUGAUAGAGAUCAUCACCAGAAGACAAUGGAAGAGAGAGACAGCAUGACAGCCCGGAUACAGGACCUCAUGCUUGAGGUGGAUUCUCUAAUCAACCACAGAACUCAACUGGAAGAGCAGAUAAAAAGCAAAGGUAUUGAGAGCGAUCAGUUGCGAGAGGAAAUGGGUAGACUACAAGAUAGAGUUCUUGAAUUGGAGAGGAAGCUCUCAGAGAAAGAGGAUGGAUUUUCUGCUCUACAUGAAAAACUAGAACAGGGAGAAACUGAAGCUUCAGCUAAAAUCAUGGCUUUGGAGACACAAAUUAACAAUCUGAGAGAGGAUUUGGAUCUCUUACAGAGUCAGAAAGCUCAGUUGGAACUACAACUUGAAAAAGAGAGACAAGAAUCUUCAGAAAGCAUGGUGCAAUUGGAGAAUCAGAAAAGUGAAGUAACCAACCAGAGUGAAGAUCUGCGGAGAUUGCUUAAAGAGAAGGAGGACUCGCACAAAACGUUGAGUGAGAAACUCAUGCUUGAGGUGGAUUCUCUGAUCAACCACAGAACUCAACUGGAAGAGCAGACAAAAAGCAAAGGUAUUGAGAGCGAUCAGUUGCGAGAGGAAAUGGGUAGACUACAAGAUAGAGUUCUUGAAUUGGAGAGGAAGCUCUCAGAGAAAGAGGAUGGAUUUUCUGCUCUACAUGAAAAACUAGAACAGGGAGAAACUGAAGCUUCAGCUAAAAUCAUGGCUUUGGAGACACAAAUUAACAAUCUGAGAGAGGAUUUGGAUCUCUUACAGAGUCAGAAAGCUCAGUUGGAACUACAACUUGAAAAAGAGAGACAAGAAUCUUCAGAAAGCAUGAUGCAAUUGGAGAAUCGGAAAAGUGAAGUAACCAACCAGAGUGAAGAUCUGCGGAGAUUGCUUAAAGAGAAGGAGGACUCGCACAAAACGUUGAGUGAGAAACUCAUGCUUGAGGUGGAUUCUCUGAUCAACCACAGAACUCAACUGGAAGAGCAGAUAAAAAGCAAAAGUAUUGAGAGCGAUCAGUUGCAAGAGGAAAAGGGAAGACUACAGGCUAGAGUUCUUGAAUUGGAGAGGAAGCUAUCAGAGAAAGAGGAUGGAUUUUCUGCUCUACAUGAAAAACUUGAACAAGGAGAAACUGAAGCUUCAGCUAAAAUCAUGGCUUUGGAGACGCAAAUUAACAAUCUGAGAGAGGAUUUGGAUCUCUUACAGAGUCAGAAAGCUCAAUUGGAACUACAACUUGAACAAGAGAGACAAGAAUCUUCAGGAAGCAUGAUGCAACUGGAGAAUCAGAAAAGUGAAGUAGCCAACCAGAGUGAAGAUCUGCGGAGAUUGCUUAAAGAGAAGGAGGACGCGCACAAAACGUUGAGUGAGAACCUUAUGCUUGAGGUGGAUUCUCUAAUCAACCACAGAACUCAACUGGAAGAGCAGAUAAAAAGCAAAAGUAUUGAGAGCGAUCAGUUGCAAGAGGAAAAGGGAAGACUACAGGAUAGAGUUCUUGAAUUGAGAGGAAGCUAUCAGAGAAAGAGGAUGAAUUUUCUGCUCUACAUGAAAAACUUGAACAAGGAGAAACUGAAGCUUCGGCUAAAAUCAUGGCUUUGGAGACACAAAUUAACAAUCUGA